UCUAGUUUUAUGGCUUUGUGGGUGGGUUUCGAUUAGUUUUUUGCCAUUUUAUUUUCUAAAGAACUGGCAACCCUGUGUAGGAGGCAAGAAAGAAAACGCUGCUUCGAAGGGAGGACAUAAAGUUGGAUCUGUUUUUUUCCUUUGGUGUUUCGUCUCUUGGCUUAUCUACAGUGUGCAUUCUUCUCGGUUGUCGUGUAGAACAAACAGUGUUUAGUUAUCGAAUACUUCAAUAUUCUGAUUUCAGAGACUUCACGUUCCCCAGAUCGAUCGUGUGAUCGUCACGGCAGCGAACUCAUGGCGGACUCCGUGGAGACGUUCCAGACACACCUCACCUCUGUCAUGGACAGUUUGAUCCGAGCGUCGGUGUGCGAGAUCACCAAACUGUUCCAGGACACGGUGAACGACUUUCUGGUGGAAAUAUCUCUGAAUAGGAAUGAAAUGGAGGCUCUGAAACUCCGACUCCGACUGACCGAGAACAAACUGAGAAAUGAACGCAAGUACGGGAUGGGGUGGGCAGAGAAUCGCCGCAAUGCUGGUUUGAUAGGGUCGGAGGACGGUGGGCGGAAAAAGCGAAAAAUUGAAGUGCCCCGAGGAAAGCAGAAGCUGGGUCCUGCAUUUGGAGGCGUGUGGGAGGAAGGAGGAGCAGCAGCUGGGGAAGUAGCAGGGGGAGGCUGGAAGGAGGCACGCCAGAUGUACCUCAUCCAUGUCCCUGGGGACGAGGAGGAGGAAGAAGAAGGAGAACUAUUGGAGGAGGGCUGUAUUUCGGGAGAGGGGGAGGAGACGGACAUCAUCAAAGAGGAGUCCGGUGAUAUGGUGGAUGGGGGUUACCAGCCUGCGUCUCUGCGGCUGAUCAAGGAAGCCCUGAAGAUGGACCCACCCAACCAGAACUGCCAUGGAUCCAGAACCCACAGCGAAGUAGGAGACAUGGAGCUCAGCCCUGUGGCCCUGAAGCGGCCCCUAGCCGUGAGGCCUGAAGAGGGGGAUGAGGAGGAGUGGGACGUGGGGUCCCCUCCAACGGAGGUGUCAGAGGGGGCGCUGAGUGUGGUGGACCUGAGUGGCCUGGAGACGGCCCUGAGGGCAGAGAGGGGGCGCGAGCAGGCAGCCCUGAAGAUCCCCCCCACAGCAGGCUCCAACCAUGGCUCCAGGACCCCUGACCCGGAAGUAGUGGCAGACAGUGAGUUCAGCCUGGGCCAGAAGUACAUUGGUCUGGAUGGGCUGGAACAGAAGGGGGAGCUGGAGAGUCCCACAGCCUCAGAGAGGGACUAUGGUGAUGCCCUGCAGGUUCACGGUGCCCGUCUGAAGGAAUUACAGGGGUCACUGCCAGUGGGGGCUGGAAGGGAGCUGCAGCCACGUUGGCCCAAGAGGCUGAGGGAUGGUGAGGGGAUGGGGGAGCCGGGAGGCUCAGACGAGGGCCUACAUCACCUGUCUGCUCCGGGUAGCGUGGAUGACAGUGGUGAGGAGGAGACAGGGGACCUGAUGCAUUUCUGCAUGCAGUGCGGCGGGGGCUUCGCCAACGAGGCUGAGCUGGAAGAGCACCCUUGCCCCCUGGGGGACGCCCACCUGCAGGAAGGAGGGACAGAGAACACCCUGUUCCCCUGCGCCUCGUGCGGCCACGCCUUCAGCCAUGCCUGGGCCCUGAAGAACCAUGAGUGUGUGUGCGCAGCCGAACGGCCCCACCGCUGCGAGCUCUGUGGGAAGGGCUUCACCCACUCUCGCUCGCUGGAGAGGCACCAGGUGGUUCACACUGGAGAGAGGCAGCACUGCUGCCAGCAGUGUGGGAGGAGCUUCAGUCGCCUAGGCAACCUGGAGAGGCACCAGCGGAUUCACACAGGCGAGCGUCCGUACGGAUGCGAGGCGUGCGGGAAGCGCUUCAGCAGGGUAGAGUACCUGAAAAGACACCAGCUGAUCCACAGUGGAGACAGAGACAAGGCCGGCAGCGCUCACCAGUGCUCCCAGUGUGGAAAGAGCUUCGGCGAACCAGAGCAGUUAAAAAACCACGAGUGCUUUUCAUAACAUUUUGAGACAUUUGAUAAUUGAUAUGUACCAGGAUUUCUUUGGAGAGGGAAAGUUGAAAUUGCUGACUAGGGUAGAAGUUGCUCCCUAAUCAGAGAGAAGAUCAACAUAAGAUCAUUUUAACCUAGCCUCAAUCCCGAAGUUGACCAUUAGAAAUCUAUAAAGCUCUGACCUUGUAUCAGUUGUUGGGGACACAUUCUACCUACUCCAAAAAAGAGGAACAAAGACCAUGCUGGCCAUCCAGGGACAGGUUGAAAUGAACUGUCUAAUUGUGCACAGAGAAACCUGUGCUUUUAUUUAUGUUUCUCAAUACAUUGUAUCUUUUACUAUAAGAAAUGAGUAUCUUCACUGAACAUCAAUCAUGACCUUGUUGAUCUUAACUAUCAAUGAUAAUAACAGUUUGGUAUUUUGUACUAUUUGUUUUUCAGUAUUAUCCAUCCGGGAAUAAACAUUUGACUAUUCAGUGA